AUGGACAUUCCUAAUUCGCCGCUCUUCCCGGCUUCGUCGCUCACGAUACCUCAGGGAAUCCGCGAUCACUCUGAUUACCUUAUGCCGCAGCUUCCAGAAGCUCCGCUUGUGCUGACCUCAUCUUUCCAAGUUUACAUUGUGCCGACAGAAAAACACUUAUUCGUCCAAGGUUUCAAGCCUGUGGAGUAUGAGGGUGUUCCUCCUACGUUGUUGCGAGGAUGUCUUGUGUUGCGUGUGAUGAAAGCAACAAAAAUCCGCUCUAUCAAUCUUGUGUUCAAGGGCACUCAGCGAACAGACUGGCCCGAGGGAAUCCCUCCGAAGAAAAACAUUUACUCAGAGACAAAUGAUAUUGUGUCGCAUACGUGGCCGUUCUACCAGAUGGAAACUCCUCAGCGCAACUGUGGAGCCGAUUUGUUCAUUCCUAAAAGUGGACAUCACGAGGAUAUUUCCAAUUUGAAUUUGGCAGACUUGCAUGUCACCACUCUGAAUUUGGCUCCUGUAGAGUCUGCUGCUACAUUUGCUGCUAGCUUGAUCAAAAGAGCCACAUCGCCAAUUGGUGGAGGGCUGCCUUCUUCGAACGCUUUAACAUCAUCCGAUUCCAUGGCUGAUUUAACGGCUGUGCUAUCGUCGCUGUCUAUUGUCUCUAUGGGUGACAGCCAAAAACCAGGAUACUUUGAACCGGGAGACUAUAUCUACAAUUUCGAGCACCCCAUCCCAGCGCUGUCACCAGAAACUGCGCAGAUGAGCUUUGGAAAGGUAUCCUAUCAUCUCGAGAGCACUAUAGUGCGUAUUGGUGCUUUCAAGCCCAAUUUGGUUGCCAGAUUGCCUGUGCAAGUGGUGAGAAUACCUUCAGACAAUAGUGUGGAGGAAAAUGAGCCCAUUGUCAUUGAAAGAGAUUGGGAGGACCAGUUGCGCUAUGAAAUCGUGGUGGGAAGCAAAUCUGUCGUACUCGACUCUUAUGUUCCAUUAGUCUUUCGCUUUAUCCCAUUAUAUGGUAAGGUCGCAUUGCAUCGGAUCCGUGUCUAUGUGACAGAAAAUUCAAACUACUACUGUCAUAACAAAGCAGUACAUCGUGAAGAGCCUGUUAAGAAGUUUUUACUUCUCGAGCAUAAAGCAAAGAAGAAUAAGUCCCUUCUUUCUCAAAAUGGAGGCUUGACAGAGGGCCCACAAGAAGGUGACGAUGAGGUUCUCCCGCGUGAACUUGAGUUCCAAUUAUACGUUCCUUCCGCGAUCAACAAGAAGUAUAACUACUUCAUUCAUCCAGAUACCGCAAUAGAAAAUAUCAAAUGUGAGCACUGGAUAAAGAUCUCGCUCAGAAUUUCCAAGAAAGACCCCAAUAAUCCAGAGAAACGAAAACAUUUUGAAAUUCUGAUCGACUCCCCUAUUCAUUUAUGUUCAUCGUUGGCUGCACAUUGCAACACGUUGUUGCCCGCAUAUGAUAUUGAGCCAGAGUUUCUUCCAAAAUACACUCCAAACUCUCCUCCGGUGUCACCUGAAGUCACUGCCGUGGACUUUUCUCAUCACCAAUCACAUCUGAUUCUAGCAGCGCUAUCGCCCUUUGGGGGAUCAGGUGGUGAAGACAAACCAAGUCCACCUCCUCGUCCUACGACUCCAAUAGAUUUCCAGCAUAUUUCAAGCCCACAUAUGAACGACGAACCUAUUGAACGUGAUUUCGAUGUUCAUCUUGAAGCGAACCUAUACAAGCCUGAAGAAUCAGAUGUUUUGGAAGCAUUGACCUCUCCGCAAGCCAAGCCUUACACUCCGGUGUCUUCACCCCAUUUACAACCCGUGAGUCUCGGCUCCCCGGUAUCAAGUCGAGCUCCUUCAAUGGCACCCCCAGCGUUCGAAGAAUCUGGGCCUAACACAGAAGACACCUUACCACCAGCAUAUUUCAAAGAAGAUCCUGCCAUGAGCAUUUCCCCGGUGAGAAUAGAUGUUUCCAAUGAAACUAGAUCGAGGAGAGCAAGAACUGUGCCCUCUAUCACUAUUCACGACCCGUCUUUAACUGGUAUUAAAGACAUUCUCAGCAAACAGUUGGACAAACGUGAACGCAACUCAAAUUCGGAUCGUGAAUCUUUGCAUAGUACUCCGUCGAAGAAGAGUUUAGACAGUUCAGAAGAUAAGAAGUCUUUGAAUAGCAAGUGCAAGCAGAAUUCGCAUGGGGGAAACCUGGAAAGUGGCUCUCGAAUCAAUGAACAUGGAGAGAUAUCAGAAACAGUUGGCAAAUCUCAGGAUGGUAUCACCAAUGAUUUUCAAGACAGAGAGAGUGCGGAAGUUCCUCGACUUUAUUCCGGGCCAGUUGAUGACACUGAUAUAGCUGACAUCAAGGCCGAGGGGGCUCCACCCGUUCCAUCAGCGCCACACCUUCGUGUUGAGAGAACGAAUGGUUUAUCCAGACAUUCUUCGAUCUGUCUGGCCACGCUGUCAACCUCAGACGAACCUUUGGAUCAGACACUUCCACUUCUUUCACUUUCAACAUCGAGUGUUCAUGACGGUCGCCAGGACCUGUUUGAUUACGAGCGUCGUCUGAGUAUUCUAGGAUCCAUGUCAGACAUUGUUGAUGUGACGCUGUUUGGGCACAAUGAUCUCAAUGUCCACGGAUCCUUAUUCGCACUCCGGAAUCCUCGCAUCGCUAAGCACUAUCAGGACUCGUCAACAGAAGAGGUGGCACCUAUCGACAAUGAGAGCAAGCCACGGCAGAAGAGUUUUGGGGUGAUCCCGCUGCUUGGAGAAUUUCAUGGUACAACGCGCAGUCGCAAUCUGACUGACAGUUCCGGAGAAAGUGAGAUGACGGUCAGCGCAAUUGCGAGUUCAACUGGGAGCAAAGGAGACGCAUUCUUGGAACCCGUCGAUCUACAAGAAGUCGCAUCACAAUGA